UUUGGUUGGUCAAAUUAUUUUGAACCAGCUAUUUGAUUGAUGUUUGAACACUUUUUGAGGAGUUUUGAAAUUUUGGUGACCUAGUGAUUUUGAGCAAUGCCUCUGCAGAAAGAGAUCUUACAGGAGGUUUGGACAGCAGAUGUGUAAGUGCUUCUCUCUUUUGCUACCUUAUACAUAACAUCAUCAAUCUAUUGUCUGCUUUGUUAAUUGCAUUAAUUAUUUAUUCAUCUCUUAGCCUUCAUAAUGAUCACUUUGAAAGGUCAAUGCAGGUGAGUUAUGUAUUUGUAUGCUUACUGUAUCUGUGAAUAUUAUUUUUUGUAAGUUUGCAUAAUGUUAAUGCUAGAUAGGUGAAUGGCCAUGUCAUUUUUGUUCAUUGAAUGGUUGUGUAAGUAGAUGGUACGUUCCUCUCUGUGUUGUUUUGGUUGCUUCUUGGGCAGAUGGACUUUGUCUUGAAUCCUAUUAUCAUCUUCUCCAGACUGAACUAGCUUUUAUAAUCGCCCUCUCGACACACAUUUCAGCUCCUUCUGCUCUCUUACAUGGACCUAUAUCUUUUUGGCUGAUCUGAGAUCAUCUCAGUAAAUAUGUCUGCAGAGAAGCUCAUGCAGAAGCCAAAAAAGAAGCCGGUGGUGGAUUCUGGAAAGGACAGUGGACCGGAGGCAAAACCAAAAACAAGCAAAACUAAAAAGAGUAAAGAGCUGUCAGGCGAGGAGGAGAUUACACGCUCCAAAAAAGACAGCACAAUGGCAAAGAAAAAGAAAAAAGACGACGCAGAAGAAAAAAACACUAGGAAGAAGCCAAAAAGUAGCUCUAAAAAGAAGAAUGAUUGUGAAAAUGAAGAUGAGGAUGAUGAUGAGACCCUACCGAAGACCACAAAGAAAAAAUCCCCCAAAGAGAUCCCCCCUGCUGGCACCAAAGAAAAGAAAUCAAAAACCAAAGAGGUUAAAAGUGAAUCAGACAGCAAAGGAAAAACUGCGAAGCCUAAAAAGGGGUCAGCUUCUAUGUUUCAGAUAAACGGCGAUAAACCAGACUUCAUUGCAAAAAAGAAAGCCUCCAAGUCUGGGAGUGAAGAGAGUGAACCAGAGACUAAAUCCAGCAAGAGCAACAAGAAAUUGACGCCCAACUCUGCCUCCAUGUUUCAGACUGGAGGGGAGAAAGAAAAAGACAAGAAAAAAGAUAAGAAUAGCAGUAACAAGGAAAAAGAGAAGAAUAACAAGAAAAAGCCCAAAUCUGAUGAAAGUGAGGAAGAGAAUUCAGAAGUGACCAAAAAGAAAAAAGGCAAAGGAAAGAAAAAUAAAAAGAGGCCUCCAUCUCCAGAGAUUGAGUUUGAUGACCUUGAGGAGUUUGUUCUUCAACCUGCACCUCAAAGUAUCACCGUCAAGUGCAAAGUGACACGGGACAAGCGGGGCAUGGACAGAGGCUUCUACCCUACCUACUACCUCCAUUUGGACAAUGACAAAAAGGUCUUUCUAUUGGCUGGUCGAAAAAGAAAGAAGUGUGCAACGUCAAAUUAUCUGAUCUCCAUAGAUGCCACUGACCUGUCGAGGGGUGGUAAUAAUUUUAUUGGAAAGUUAAGGUCGAAUCUCAUGGGUACCAAGUUCACAGUGUUUGACAACGGUCUCAACCCUGAACGCGCCCUCAGGGACAUGUCCAAUGCUCGGCAAGAGCUAGCUGCUAUUAUUUAUGAAACAAAUGUCUUGGGGUUUAAAGGGCCCAGAAAAAUGACUGUGAUUAUACCAGGUAUGGAUGAAGACAACGAACGUGUGCCAAUACGUCCAGAAACGGAAAAUGACAAUCUGCUUGCAUGCUACCACAAUAGACAGAUGGACAACCUGAUUGAACUUCACAACAAAACUCCUGUUUGGAAUGAUGACACCGCCUCAUAUGUGCUCAACUUCUCUGGUCGGGUCACGCAGGCCUCUGUCAAAAACUUUCAGAUCGUCCACACCAAAGACAAUAGUUACAUUGUGAUGCAGUUUGGAAGACUAGCUGAUGAUGUUUUUACUCUGGACUAUAAGUACCCCAUGUGUGCGGUACAGGCCUUUGCUAUCGCCCUCUCCAGCUUUGAUAGCAAACUGGCGUGCGAAUGAAAACAAAGCACAAAGUCCUAUCAAUGCACAAUAACCUCAUCAUUGGGAUACAAGAUGAUGAAAAGCCACCACCAUUAUUUGCAGACAUUGGGACAUUUUCAUGACUUUCAGUGUGCCUGAAUGAGACUGGGACUCCAAUGAAGUUGAUACAGAAGUUUGUGCAUUUCAUGUGAUGUUUUUAUUCAGGAUUAAUUAAAAAAUGAUAAAUUUAAAGUUUUUAUAGCAUUUUUUUAAACAUGUAACAUGCAAAUAGGCUAGUUUUAUGCAAAUAUUAGAUAAUAGCUCAGAUGUUUGGGCAUUUUCAUUGUUUUAUAUAUAUAUAU